AUGCAAUACCCUACUUUCGGCCACUUCCUCUUGGCGAGCAUCCUUGCCGUUCAAGGUGCUCAUUCCUUCUCUCUUACCCCCGCCGGCCAGGUUGCUCAACGCUACGCUGCACCUGCCCUGGCACUCGCACUCCCUGUUCUUGCUGCGCCCACAGCCGUCGACAUCGAGGCCCGCGAGCCUCACCACAAGGGCAAGAAGACCAAGGAGGCCAAGAAGGGCGGCAAGCGUGACGAGGCUGCCGUUGAGGCUCGUGAGCCCCACCACAAGGGCAAGAAGACCAAGGAGGCCAAGAAGGGCGGCAAGCGUGACGAGUCUGCCGUUCAGGAUGCCGAGGACGCUGCCGAUGACGGUGAUGUAGAUGAUGAUGCCGACCACGGCAUCGAGACCCGCGAGCCCCACCACAAGGGCAAGAAGACCAAGGAGGCCAAGAAGGGCGGCAAGCGUGACGAGGCUGCCAUCGAGGCCCGCGAGCCCCACCACAAGGGCAAGAAGACCAAGGAGGCCAAGAAGGGCGGCAAGCGUGACGAGGCUGCCAUCGAGGCCCGCGAGCCCCACCACAAGGGCAAGAAGACCAAGGAGGCCAAGAAGGGCGGCAAGCGUGACGAGGCUGCCAUCGAGGCUGACACGAUUGCUGUUGAGGAGGACAAUGCUAUCCAGGAGGAUGAUGCCGAGGACCACGGCAUUGAGACCCGCGAGCCCCACCACAAGGGUAAGAAGACCAAGGAGGCCAAGAAGGGCGGCAAGCGCGACGAGACUGCCAUCGAGGCUCGUGAGCCCCACCACAAGGGCAAGAAGACCAAGGAGGCCAAGAAGGGCGGCAAGCGUGACGAGGCUGCCAUCGAGGCUGACACGAUUGCUGUUGAGGAGGACAAUGCUAUCCAGGAGGAUGAUGCCGAGGACCACGGCAUUGAGACCCGCGAGCCCCACCACAAGGGCAAGAAGACCAAGGAGGCCAAGAAGGGCGGCAAGCGCGACGAGGCUGCCAUCGAGGCUGACACGAUUGCCGUUGAGGAGGACAAUGCUAUCCAGGAGGAUGAUGCCGAGGACCACGGCAUUGAGACCCGCGAACCCCACCACAAGGGUCCUGCAUGCAUGUAG